ACUGUCUCCACUCCCCUCUCCUAAGCUCAUCUGAGUCGCUACCUUGAGUCUGGGCUUGGCUCCAAACCCAUGAAAAUUUGCCAAGUAUAAAAACUCCUCAAGAAUGAGAUGGAUUCUGGGGUGUCUUCGCCUGAGAAGCAGGAUAAAGAGAAUUUAGUGGGCAUUAACAACAAGGGGCUUGGCGUGUGCGGCUGGCUUCUGUUUUCCCUGUCUUUCCUGUUGAUGAUCAUUACCUUUCCCGUCUCCAUAUGGAUGUGCUUAAAGAUCAUUAAGGAGUACGAACGCGCUGUUGUAUUCCGACUGGGACGCAUCCAAGCUAACAAGGCCAAAGGCCCAGGUUUGAUCCUGGUCCUGCCCUGCGUAGAUGUGUUUGUCAAAGUUGACCUCCGAACAGUUACUUGCAACAUUCCUCCACAGGAGAUCCUCACCAGAGACUCUGUGACCACUCAGGUGGAUGGAGUCGUCUAUUACAGAAUCUACAGUGCUGUCUCUGCGGUGGCUAACGUCAGUGAAGUCCACCAGGCCACGUUUCUGCUGGCUCAGACCACUCUGAGAAACGUCUUAGGGACACAGACUUUGUCCCAGAUUUUAGCUGGACGAGAAGAGAUCGCCCAUAGCAUCCAGACUUUACUGGAUGAUGCCACCGAGCUGUGGGGGAUCCGGGUGGCCCGAGUGGAAAUCAAAGAUGUCCGGAUCCCCCAGCAGCUGCAGAGAUCCAUGGCAGCUGAGGCAGAGGCCACGAGGGAGGCCAGAGCCCGGGUUGUUGCAGCAGAAGGAGAAAUGAAUGCUUCCAAAUCUCUGAAGUCUGCCUCCAUGGUGCUGGCUGAGUCCCCCAUAGCCCUGCAGCUGCGCUACCUGCAAACUCUAGCCACCGUCGCCACCGAGAAGAAUUCCACAAUUGUGUUUCCUCUGCCCAUGAACGUACUAGAGGGCAUUGGCAGUGUCAGCUCUGAUAACCACAAGAAGCUCUCCAACAGAGCCUGAUGGUUCUUGGUGCAGCCAGGCAUUGCGUAGAGAGUCCUGUCUCUUCUCACAGGGAAGCCAGCAGUUGGAAGCACUGGGAAUCCCAACACUAUUAUUGCAACAGCGCCUGCACGGUUGGGAUAGGCUUAGCAGGGAAAAGCUGUAGUAGCUACAAAAGGAAAAAAAAAAAGCAAAAAUGAGGG